GCAAACCUGCCUGACAAACAACAAAAGGAUAUCACACUUGUCCUUAAUCGUACAGACGACGGCAAACGUGAAUUCAUCUUCAAGCUUGACCAGCGCCAUGUCAAGAACAACAAGGAUCCGGAGAACAAGAAGUAA